UCAGGAAUCUCCCGCCCGCCCCCUGCAUACAAAGCAAAAAAAAGCCCGGUUCUUCUACACUAUUGCCAAAAUGGAUGCCGGUUUUGUAGCAACGGUGAUGUCUCGCAGGAGGCCACGUAUAGUGCGUCGCUGUUGGGUACAUACAAUACUCAGAAAACGUCUGCAACGGGGGGAAUACCACGUUCUUGUCCAAGAGCUCCGCCUGGAUGGUGUACUGUUUCAGCAGUACUUCAGGAUGAGCAAAGACGCGUUCGACGAGUUGCUCGGAAAAGUCGGUCCACUGAUUGCAAAGGCAGACAUCCGUAUGCGUUUGUCAAUCGGACCCGCCGAGCGACUCGCCAUCUGCCUACGGUACCUGGCAACCGGUGACUCGUACAGGACCAUAGCAUUCAGCUAUCGGGUCGGGCAUGCAACAGUGGCUGUCAUCGUCAAGGAGGUUGCGGGUGCCAUCUGGACCGCGCUGGUCGAGGAGACCAUGCCGGUACCACAGACGGAGGACUGGAGAGCCAUCGCUGCUGGGUUCCAGGAGCGCUGGAACUUUCCAAAUUGCGUUGGUGCCAUUGAUGGGAAGCACGUGGUGAUCCAAAUUCAAAUCCAAAUUCUGACUGUGAAAUGUUUUGGCUUCUGUCGCCCGGCGUGGAGACUGGAGCUGUUGAUGUUUCUCCAGCGGUGGAGAUGUGGUGAGCGAUGCGGUCCGGUCGGGAGGAAGCAGUAAAACAGCCACACAAAGAGCGAGCUCUCCGCUGGCUGCUGUCUGCUCUCCACACCACAUCCUGCACUUCCUCUCUGGCUUCACUGGUUCCUCCUCCUGCAUCCUUUUCUAUCUCCUAGUGACAUAAAGUACUGUGGCCUCCUCCAGUUCACCCACUACCAAGAGAAGACUAGAGAAAGGUUUCAAAACACAAGAUGCAUUCAUGGGUAAAGUAAAAAAACAGAACCUCCUGUUUCUAUGUCUGUUUAGUUCAUCAUCACAGUCCUUUUUAUCAAACACACAUAUUACUUCCUUUACUUGAGAGAUCCUACACUUUGAUUCUUCCGGUAGAAGUUCCAACACUAGACGAGAAGCUAAUAUACGUGUCUAGUAGUUCCCUACGCUGUUGUGCUCUUCAUUCUUCAAUAUCUUCAUUGAAUUAUGUGCCUGAAUAUGCAUCAAACUUACAUCAUCGAAAAGUUAUAAUCCUUUAUUGGUCCCACAGCGGGAACAGACAUUAUAGUACAAGGAAAAAAUAAGAUCGGUGGAGUAGUAUCAUAUUAAAGGUCCCAUGUCAUGCUUUUCCGGUUAGUACCCGCCCCCUUGUGUGUUAUGAAGGUUUUUCUGCAUGUAAAC